GCUGACAACAAAAUAAUUAGAAACUUCAAAGCACUAUUUUGUUUUUUGACAUUUUUGUUUUGAUUCUGCCCCGCGGGUCUUCCAAAUUAAAAUUGAAAACUAAUUUUACGUUCUUAAUAAAUAAAGCAUCCGUUGUAAAAAGUAUGUCCAACUUACAACGGGUAAUGAUGAAAUCCCGCUUGCCACCGAUGUGUCCAAACCCAAGGUUUCCUAAACCAACCGAUCGCGGAUUUCGCCGGCAAACGGAUUACAAUCCGAUUAUGUGGAGCCAGUACUUUUCCGAGAGUCGAGACGUGGAAACACAGUAUGGAAAAUUUCGGGUGUACUUGACGGAAAAACCGGAAGCUCCCGGACCGCUCUUAGUAAUGCUGCACGGGGGUGGCUUUUCCGCUUUGUCGUGGGCACUUUUUAGCAUGGAGAUCUCAAAAAUUAUACACUGCCAGUGCUUGGCCAUCGAUAUCAGAGGUCACGGAGACACGGCUACUGAUAACGAGGACGAUCUUUCAGCGGAAACCCUGGCACAGGACGUGGCCGAAGUUUUGAACUCUAUUUAUGGUGAUUCUGCACCACCCGUGAUUUUAAUCGGUCAUUCUAUGGGGGGAGCGAUUUGCGUUCAUGUCGCCAAUAUGGAGGUAAUCAGUUCCCUGAUUGGCAUCGUUGUUAUCGACGUUGUUGAAGGAACGGCUCUGGAAGCACUGGCCAGCAUGCAAAGUUUCCUACGGUCUAGGCCAACCACGUUCAAAAGCAUCCAGCAUGCCGUCGAAUGGUGCGUCCGCAGUGGACAGAUUCGUAAUAUAGAUUCUGCGAGAGUAUCGAUGCCCGGACAGAUAGUGAAUAUCGAAACGGGAAAACUUUCUACUAACGAGUUGCCGCUGGUUGAGGAAUCUACCGAAGCUCGAACAAGGUUUACCAACCCGAACGUAAUAGCAGAGGAUGGUGAAAUGCCAUCACCAGCGACUCCUUCCACUUCAGUCCCCGCGGAGACUUCUAUGGCGGCCCCCAACCCCAAGAAGUAUAAAUGGCGUAUCGACUUAUCGAAAUCGGAAAAGUAUUGGGAGGGCUGGUUUUUGGGACUCAGCCAAAAGUUUUUGGAUGUUAGAGUUCCCAAACUUUUACUAUUGGCAGGAAUCGACAAUCUUGACCGAGCGCUAACUGUCGGUCAAAUGCAGGGAAAAUUCCAACUACAGGUAUUGGCCCGCACCGGUCACGCCGUUCACGAAGACAGACCACACGAGGUGGCCGAAGUCAUUGGUACGUAUUUGCUGAGGAAUAAGUUUGCCGAAGCGUCCGGUGAGGGACAGUUCCUGAAACAUAUGCCAGCCUGUUGAAUAAGUUGGUUCUAAGAUCUCAAGUUUUGGUUGGUUUGGAUGAACUUCAAUCAUGAGGAAUAAGAGAAUGAUAAAUUCUCCAAA